AUGUCAACGUCUUCUCCAAAUGAUGAACAUCUUGACCAAUUGUUUCAUGAAUUGAGAAUUAGCAACAUUAAUGGUUCUGAAAAUUUUAACGAUCAAUUGGCCACUUACAUUCCUGACCCUUUACCGAAGAAGUUUGAAGAUAUAUGCAAGAAAUAUUUAUCACAACCUAAUACUUUGCCAUGGGAACUACUUGAUCUGUUACAGGAUGUCCCAAAGCCAGAUUUUAUGGAAGAUGGAUCAUCUUCAGUUAAGAAUCAACGUAAUAAUUAUGAUUUCAUUGAUUUCGUAAAGAUUCCUGAACCUUUGUCAAGAACAUCAUAUCAUUUUAAAAGGAAAGGUAUCGAUGGUAAAAUCUUUCAAUAUAACGAAGAAGUCAACCUGAGUGAAGUUGAGAAUGCGAAUGCCGCAAAUUGCUUGAAUUUAAACAGAAAGAUUAAUCGGGAAGCAAAUAGCUUGAAAGGUUCUACUUCGCAGUUGCCUUUUACUCCUGGAGGUGUAACCAUGAGCGCUCUACAACUUUCCUCUGAAGGCUCCAAGUUUGCAACUGCAACGAAGCUUUUACAUAGAGACGCUCAAGGGUUAUUUGAUAUUCCUCAAGGGAUGCAGAGGGGAAUUAUCCCGGAUGCACCCGCUGGCGGUUAUAGUGAUCAAAUACACGAGGUAAAGGAGUUGGAUAGCAUUGAUAAUGAAGAUGAGAAGAACAAGGAACUUAUUACAUUGAGAAAUGAACGUAAGGUGGAUCAUGUGCUACAUCCUGAUAGUGCACAAGAGUCGGGUUCUAAUAAGGACAAAGAGACAGAUUUAAUGGAAAUCGACAGGUUACUUCCUAUGGGAAUUGAUUUUGGCAGGAUAAUACGUGAUCCCAAAGCAACUUUAGAGAAGAAACGCUGGGCACAUGUGGUUGAUCUUUCACAUCGAUUAGAAAAUUUUGAUAUCUUAGUUCCGAAGCCUGCUAGGACAUGGCCAUUCGAAUUGGAUAUUUUCCAACAGGAAGCAAUUUAUCAUCUUGAGAAGGGUGAUUCCGUUUUUGUUGCAGCUCAUACAUCAGCUGGAAAGACCGUUGUUGCUGAAUAUGCAAUUGCAAUGUCACAGAGAAAUAUGACGAAGGUCAUUUAUACAUCACCCAUAAAGGCCCUUUCCAACCAAAAGUUUCGGGAUUUUAAGGAAGAUUUUGAUGAUGUUGAAAUUGGUUUACUUACAGGGGAUGUUCAGAUCAAUCCCACUGCAAGUUGUUUAAUUAUGACUACGGAAAUCUUAAGAAGCAUGUUGUAUCGUGGAGCCGAUUUAAUUAGAGAUUUAGAAUUCGUUAUUUUUGAUGAAGUGCAUUACGUGAAUGAUCAAGAUAGAGGUGUUGUCUGGGAGGAAGUCAUUAUUAUGUUGCCUUCUCAUGUGAAGUUUAUCCUACUAUCAGCGACUGUUCCGAAUACAUUUGAAUUCGCAGACUGGAUAGGGAGAACAAAGCAGAAAAAUAUUUAUGUCAUUUCUACUCCAAAACGUCCAGUGCCUCUAGAGAUAAAUAUCUGGGCUACGGAGAAGAUGAUACCGGUUGUUAAUGAAAAUAGAGAGUUUUCUGCUAGUAACUUCAAAAAACAUGUUGACUUAUUAAAAGGAGACGUUAAGCCUUCCAAUACACCUCAAAAUUCCAAGCAAUGGAAACCAAAUAACAGCCGCACUACAGGAAGAGGUGGCAAUAAAGCUGCCAGCGACAACAAACGCAUAACUAGCGGCGCAAGAGGGCCUGGAGCUAGGGGUUCAAAUAGAAGUGAUUUUUUCAGAAGAGAUUUUCCAAACAAACAGAGCUGGUCAAAGAUUGUUAACUACUUAAAAAACAGAGAACUACUGCCUGCCGUCAUAUUUGUUUUUAGUAAAAAGAAUUGUGAAGACUACGCAGAAAGUUUAGUGGGCAUGGAUUUUGCUACUGCAAAGGAAAAAUCACAAAUCUAUAUGUUUAUUGAAAAAUCAAUUUCACGCUUAAAGAAGGAGGAUAGAGAAUUGCCACAGAUAUUGAAGAUGCGGUCUUUCCUAGAGCGCUGCAUAGCGGUUCAUCAUGGUGGUAUGCUUCCUAUAGUCAAGGAAUUAGUAGAGAUGUUAUUCGCUAAAGGCUAUGUUAAGGUAUUAUUUGCAACUGAGACCUUCGCUAUGGGGCUAAACCUACCAACUAGAACAGUUGUCUUUAGCGCAAUUGAAAAACAUGAUGGCAACAGUUUACGGUAUUUAAAUCCAGGAGAAUUUACCCAAAUGGCAGGUAGAGCUGGAAGGCGUGGUAAAGAUAAAGUCGGUACUGUAAUACUAAUGACAUAUAAAAGACCAAUAGAAGAGAUUCCGUUCAAAGAAGUUACUUUAGGCCAACCAACUAGGCUAAAGUCACAGUUUAGACUAACAUAUAAUAUGAUUUUAAAUCUGCUAAGGAUAGAAGCAUUAAAAGUGGAAGAAAUGAUAAAGUACUCGUUUGGUGAAAAUACGAAGCAGAACUUAUUACCAGAACAUGCGAAAAAGGCUGAAAGUUUACAAGACAAAUUGAUGGAGCUAGAAGAUAUAGAUUGUAAGGUAUGUGCAGAUGAUAUAGAAACUGCAAUUGAUCUCACAAUCAAAAUUAGAGAUUGCAACAGAGGCAUAAUAAACGACAUGGAUAAAAAUAAAAAACUAUUCAGGUUAAUGAAACCAGGCAAACUCACUGUAUACAGAGAUACAAAUGGUAAUGCAAAGUUAGGGUCAGUUUUGAGGAUUGAUAUGUCAUCAGGAAUGUGCUCGAUGUUGUGUUUCACAAAACCUUCUACUCUAAGAAACGGGCAAGUGAACCACUUGCCGUACCUAACCGAUUCAAAAACUUUUAUAAAGAAGCAUUUCCAAGCAUUCAGUUACGCUAGCCCAGUGGUAGAUCAAAUUCCAUUCCAUAACAUUGAACUGCUUUCGAAAUACGUUGUAAACUUACCGUUACAUGAGCUUAUUAACAAGGAUAAGAAAACUCUAGCUUCUUUCCAUGAAAAGGUUCAUAUGUUUUUCAGGUUGGCGCCAAAAUUAAAAGAAACCAAUAUGGACAAAGAAAUGACGCUUGCUAUUCAACAAUUCAUCCUUGACCGCAAGCACGCGGAGGAAGAAUUCUUCAAUCUAAAAUGUAUUGGGUGCGAACAUUUUGCUGAGCACUUUUCCAUAAAAUAUCAGAAACAUGAAGUGACUCAAGAGAUCAAAAACGUAGUUCAUUUAAUGUCCGACCAAAAUUUGAGCUUGUUACCAGAUUACGAACAAAGACUUGCGGUCUUGCGUGAGUGUGAGUUUAUUGAUCCGUCAAAUAAUGUCUUAUUGAAGGGAAGAGUAGCGUGUGAAAUAAAUUCCGGCUAUGAACUGGUGUUGACCGAAUUGAUAUUGGACAACUUCUUGGGAGAUUUUGAACCAGAAGAAAUCGUUGCAUUAUUAUCAGCCUUUGUGUACGAGGGGCGCACGAAAGAAGAAGAACCACUGAUUACCACGCCUAGAUUGGCUAAAGGUAAGAAGAGGAUUGCUGAGAUUUAUGAACGUCUAUUGAAAGUAUACGAGACGCACCAGGUUCCAUUAACUAAAGAUGAGGCAGAGUUUUUAGAAAAGAAAAGAUUUGCCCUAAUGAAUGUUGUUUAUGAAUGGGCACGGGGUCUUUCUUUUAAGGAGAUUAUGUCCAUUAGCGUGGAAGCAGAAGGUACAAUUGUCAGAGUUAUAACCCGUCUAGAUGAAAUAUGCAGAGAAGUCAAAUUGGCGGCUUCGAUUAUUGGAUACUCUACUUUGCAUAUGAAGAUGUCGCAAGCCCAAGAGCUGAUUAAAAGAGAUAUUGUCUUCGCUGCAAGUUUAUAUUUAUAG